UAUCAGCGGGGGGGGGGGGGGGGGGGGGGGGCAUACAAGAGAACUUGGCUCAAAGACGCCAAACACAUCCCCUUCUUCCCAGCUGGCCCAGCACGUCCCCUUCGUCCUUCCUUUCUCCUAGGGAAGGUUUUGUCUGUGGUGCACGUCAUGGCCUCGACCUCGCCGAACGCCGACAAUGAUGGCACCACCGAUCAGGUUUUGGUAGAAGACUGCAGGUUUACAAGGAUAUUGACGCUUAACAGGCCUCAACAGCUGAAUGCUCUGUCUACUCCAAUGAUUAUGAAGCUACUGAAGCUUUUUGUUGCUUAUGAGAAGGAUUCUGAUGUCAAAUUAUUGAUAGUGAAGGGAAAUGGAAGAGCAUUUUCUGCUGGAGGGGAUGUUGCAUCAGUUGCCCGAUCUGUCGCUCAAGGUCAAUGGGCUCUGGGUACAGAAUUCUUACGGAAUCAAUAUACCUUAAAUUACAUAAUUGCAACUUACGGCAAACCUCAGGUUUCUAUUCUAGAUGGAAUUGUCAUGGGUGGUGGGGCUGGCGUUUCAAUACAUGGUAGAUUUAGAGUUGUCACGGAGAAAACGGUUUUCGCUAUGCCAGAAACCUCACUGGGAUUCUUCCCAGAUAUAGGCGCUUCAUAUUUUUUAUCAAGGCUUCCAGGAUUCUUCGGGGAAUAUCUUGGCUUGACUGGUGCAAGGUUAGAUGGGGCUGAAAUGCUUGCAUGUGGCCUAGCAACUCACUUUGUCCCUUCUAUGAAUUUGGCAUAUCUGGAAGAUUUGCUCACUAAGGUGGAAACUUCUGAUCCCUUUGUAAUCUGCGCGAGUAUUGAUCAGUUCUCACAAAUGGUGCCUCUGAAAGCGAGUAGUGCUUAUAAUAGAUUGGAUAUAAUUGACAAAUGCUUCUCCAAAGAAACGGUCGAAGAAAUUAUAUCUGCUCUUGAGAAGGAAUCUGCUAGCAUGGUUGAUGAGUGGAUUGUGGUUGCAAUUCAGGCAUUGAAAAAGGCAUCUCCUAUCAGUCUAAAAGUCACUCUUAGAUCGAUCAGAGAAGGGAGACUGCAAGGAGUUGAUCGUUGUCUUACGAUGGAAUUCAGAUUGUGUUGUCAUAUAUUACGUCUCGAAGCCAGCAAGGAUUUCUUAGAGGGUUUCAGGGCUAUAUUGGUGGAUAAAGACAGGAAUCCGAAGUGGGAGCCUCCUAGAUUGGAUCUGGUAGAUUCCAAGGUGCUUGAUCAGUAUUUUGCCGAGGUCGACGACGCAAACUGGGAGGACCUAAAACUCCCAUCAAGACGCAAUCUAGCUGCCAACUAUGUGUCAAAGAUGUGAAAGGAGUAUUGAUGAAUAAAAGGAGGUUCUUAUGUUGGGUAUGCCACCUUCACUCUACAAAGUUCAGACUGGUAUUGUAUUGGUCCGUGCUAAUCUAUUGUGUGUCAUUACAUCGAUAUAUCGUUUAUAUAUAUAUAUAUAUACUGUUGGGUGUAUCGUAAACAAUAUAACUAUAUUACAUAAAUAAAGUUGGUAUGAGACUAUUGUAAA